AUGCGAGGGGCGAAGAACCGCCAGGCGCUGCCCGCCAUCGUCCUCCUGCUGCUGGCCGCGGCCCCGCCGCCGCCGGGCGCCGAGGGCCGGGACCUGCCGGCGGCGGGCGGGGAGCGGGGGGCGCUCCUCGACCUCCUCCUGCAAGCGCUGGGCGACGCCGACGGCGGCCGCCCGCUGCCGCCGCCCCGCCCGCCGCGGCGGGACCGGGUCAUCUCGCGGCGGCUCAGCGGCGGCGGCGCCCCGCCGCCCGCCCCCCGCGCCAUCGCCGCCGCCGCCCCCCGGGAGCCCGCCGCCGCCCCCCGGCUCCUCGCCGCCGCCCGCCACGGAGAAAAUUUUCCAAGAGAUUCCAGUCUAAAAGACAAGUUCAUAAAGCAUUUUACAGGACCAGUCACAUUUUCAUCAGAGUGUAGCAAGCACUUUCAUCGACUGUAUCACAACACAAGGGAUUGUUCAACACCAGCUUAUUAUAAAAGGUGUGCAAGAUUGCUAACAAGAUUAGCAAUGAGCCCUUUGUGUACACAGUCCUAG